AUGAAGGCAGCUUGUGCUCCAAUUUUAAAUCAAGUCACCAAACUUGAAACUGACGUGAGCGAGUUGAAAACCUCUCAUGAUGAAGUAAAGACGAAUGUGGAAACUUCAACUUCUGCAGUCACCAACAUUAAGCUCAACAACAAGAAAAUCCUGGACAAACAAUUAGAAAGUCUCAGAAAACAAUUAAAUAAAGGCAUAUCCAAUUGGAUAGCAGACAAGGAAUCUGAAAUUGAUUCAAAAAUAAAUGUAGCAGUCAACAAUGCUGUGCAGCAGAUGUGUUCCAGCGCGGAAGCAAAUUAUGAUGAAGUACGUGAUGUGCAUUCCAAUAAAAAAGACAAAGAAAAUCCUAUGUGGAAGCAAGAGAUAAACCUGGAAAGAGUUAUGUCAAGUGAUACCAGAUUGGAAAAUAAUUUUCCAUCACAUUGUGAAAAUCUUAUCAUUGACAUUACACCCACUUACGGGAAUGAAAAAGACAAUGAGAGUUUGCUGAAUGACAGUAAUGAAGAGUGGAAUGUAGACGAAGAUGAUGGUGAGAGUGAGUGGUCAGGAAGUAUUGAUGAUGACGAAAAAGAUGAUGAAGAGGAAGAUGAAGAGGGAAAUGAAGAUAAUGAGGAAGAAAAUGAAGAAAAUGUCAUUGAAGAAAAUGAAGAUGAUGGUGGUGGUGAUUUGAAUGACGGCACUGGCGCGAAAAAUGGUGGUCCUCGGGGCGGUGGUGAAUGGACAGAUAUUACAGGAAACGGGGAGCUUCCUAAUGACAUAGAUUUUGUGCCAGAAAGGGAAAAAAAUUUCUGA